UCGUAUUCCUCUUAUCCUGAGGAACCUCAGACUGUGAGGGAAUGUGCUGUCUUUCCAAUAGAUAAGAAGUUUUCCUGUCCCGAGUGCGGGAAGUGUUUCCAUUUUAAAUCCAAUCUUAAUAUGCAUAUAAGAUCUCAUACAGGUGAGAAACCACAUUCCUGUCCUGAGUGUGGGAAAUGUUUUUCAGUCAAGUCUCAUCUCUUCCAGCAUCAGAGAUCUCACACGGGGGAGAAGCCGUUUUCCUGUUCUGAGUGCGGGAAAUGUUUUUCCCAAAAGUCCAGUCUUAACCGACACCAGAGAUUGCACACAGGGGAGAAGGCAUAUUCCUGUCUUGAGUGCGGGAAAUAUUUUUUAAAGAUGUCCAGUCUUUACAGUCAUCAGAAAUUUCACACAGGAGAGAAGCCGCAUUCUUGUUCCGAGUGCGGGAAAUGUUUUUCAGAGAAGUCCAAUCUUUACAAACAUCAAAGACUGCACACUGGAGAGAAGUUGUAUUACUGUUCAGAGUGCGGGAAAUGUUUUGUACAAAAAUUAGCUCUUGUCACACAUCAGAGGUCUCACACGGGGGAAAAGCCGUAUCCCUGUCCUACGUGUGGGAAAUGCUUUUCAGUUAAAUCUAAUCUUCAAAAGCAUCAGACAUUGCAUGCGGGCGAGAAGCCGUAUUCUUGUUCUGAGUGCGGGAAAUGUUUUGUACAAAAAUCAGAACUUGUCACACAUCAGACAUCUCACGCGGGGAAAAAACCGCAUUCCUGUCCUGAGUGCGGGAAAUGUUUUUCAGAUAAGUCGCAUCUUUACAGACAUAAAAGAUUGCACACAAGGAAGAAGUCGUAUUCUUGUCCUGAGUGCGGGAAAUGUUUUUCAUUAAAGUCCCAUCUUUCCAGACAUCAAAGCUCUCACACAGAGGACAAGCCACCUUCCUGUUCUGAGUGUGGGAAAUGUCACUCGUUGAAGUCCUGUCUUUAUAAACAUCUGAAAUUGGACACCCAGGACAAUGAACUUUCCUGGUCUGAGUGAGUGAAUUGUUCCUCAGUGAAGUCCUGUCUUCCUGUACAUCGGGGAUCCCACACAACCCUUGAGGUGUUUUACUAACUCUGCAACUGCUGUUGCUAUGGGGUCCCUUCUAUUCUGCCACUUCCGGUCCGUGGCGUUUGACGUUAUUUUCUUCGGCACCUGGGAGUUGUGUGUCAUCCUUUCCUAGGAGUCAGUGGGCAGCACCAAGCGCUAGCAUUGCGAUAUUUAGAAACCGGAAAUGCGAGCAAAGGCUACUACCUAUCAGAAUAUGCAACUGAAGGGAAGUUGCGUUGCGGCCAUCUUGGUACACCCGCACUCGUCCGCAGUAAGCCUA